CAAAACUGUAGAACCAACAGACAAACAGCUCCCAAGAACAAGAACAUGAACUGCGAAGCCCUUCAUGAGGAAAUCAGGAGGCUCCAGGGGAUGCUGAGCAGGGGCAGAGAGAGUGUUAACUACGAACAGAACUGGAGGAUCCAACUUAGCCAAGAGCUAAGUGAGACAAAGGAACAGCUGGCUUACCAGAAAGCCAAGACUGAAUCCUUUAUCAACAAGGAGAAAGAAACUAGAAAGGAGCUUGAGAGGCUGAGGCAGUACAGUGACUCAGAAGCUCUCAGCGCCUCAAACAUUGCCACUCAGGUGGGCAAUGACAUCAAGAGAAAGAAGAAGAAAGAGAUUCAGAGAGAUUAUGAGGAGCUGAAAGUGGCAUACGCCAUAUGCCAGGACAGGUUUACGAUUGAGCUCAAUACGGAGAGGAACAAGAUCAGCGCUCUUCAAGAAGAACUGGAGAAGCUCAGAGCUUCACACCAUGAGCUGAAAAAUGAAAAGGAUACCCUCGCUCUCAAGCAGCAGGUGGAAAGUCUUCACAGUGAGCAUGAGACAGAAAACAAGUCUCACGGUGACACUGUGGAGCAUGACCUCCAGCUGAUCAACGCCCUGAAGGCGGAGAAAGAUGCUCUAAAGGUGGAGAAAGACACCCUUCAGAGACCAAAAAGCUCACUCAUGCAGAAAGGGUGGUGCAAGAUCUCCAGUUGAUCGACACCCUGAAGG